UAUCACUUGAAGCGUCAAAAAGUGUUUUUAGUCGAUGAUUAAAUAAAAAAAAUUAAAAAAAUAUUGUUUUUAUUAAUUUUUACAUCAGGAUAAAAAAACAGCAAUUUCGUUUAGUUUGGAAAACCAUAUCAGUGGAUUUUCCAUAAUAAAACAAACAAAUAAAAUGGAAACAACCAACUUUCAGAAAUAAAAUAAUCAUCAACUAACUGUAAUCCAACACAGAACAUUAAGAACUCUAAUUUAACAAAAAAUCGAGUUAUUUCCGCUUACACCUUUAAAUUUUCAUUAAUCAACAUUUUUCAAUUAUUUUUAAAUGAACGGAGCAUUGCUCUUGAUUUUGUUUUGCAUAUUGACCUUCGAAUUAAAAAUACUUCAAGCAAAUAAAAAUUGAAACUUUUUAAAAUACUGUUUUGGAAGGCGCUGAGCGCAAUAAUUAUCCUUGGAUAAAGUUGGAGCGGGGCACCGUGGCUGAAGUCAGUGAGUCAACUGAUGCAAUGCCUUCGGCAAUAGGCGGCGGCCAUGCGUCGCAUUCGGCUAAUAUACCAAGCAAUGAAGAAUGCGGAAUUCGUGAUGUUUGGAAACACAAUCUUGAAGAAGAAUUUCGUACAAUUCGAAAAAUUGUUCAAAAAUACCAUUAUGUUGCAAUGGAUACUGAAUUUCCUGGUGUUGUUGCUCGACCAGUUGGGGAAUUCCGAUCUACGGCUGAUUAUCAAUAUCAGCUCUUAAGAUGUAAUGUUGAUUUAUUAAGAAUAAUACAAUUGGGCUUAACAUUUAUGGAUGAAGAUGGUAAAACACCACCAGGCUAUUCAACUUGGCAAUUCAAUUUUAAAUUUAAUUUGGCCGAAGAUAUGUACGCUCAAGAUUCAAUUGAUUUAUUACAAAAUUCUGGAAUUCAGUUCAAAAAACACGAAGAGGACGGUAUUGAUCCACUUGAUUUUGCUGAAUUAUUAAUGUCAUCUGGCAUUGUUCUAAUGGAUAAUAUUAAAUGGCUUUGCUUUCAUUCUGGUUACGAUUUUGGUUAUUUAUUAAAAUUAUUAACAGAUCAAAAUUUGCCAGCAGAAGAAAGUGAAUUUUUCGAAUUAUUACGUUUAUAUUUUCCAACAAUAUACGAUAUAAAAUACUUGAUGAAAUCAUGCAAAAAUUUAAAAGGUGGAUUACAAGAAGUUGCUGAUCAAUUAGAGUUACGUCGAGUUGGUCCGCAACAUCAGGCUGGAUCAGAUUCUUUACUAACAGGCAUGGCAUUUUUUAAAAUGCGAGAGAUGUUUUUCGAGGAUAACAUUGACAACGCUAAAUAUUGUGGUCAUCUUUACGGGCUAGGUACAUCAUUUAUUGUAAACGGAGCCAACUUUCAUGAUAACAACGGCGACAAUAGUAAUUCAACAGCGUAAUUUCCAUGUUUGUUUUUUGAUCGAUAAUGCAUACAAAUUUCUUUUGAAUAUAGUAAACAUACACUAAGAACACAAAAACAAAGACGCAAAACGCCUACAUUAAAAUUACAGCAUCGCAAAAUUUUUUUUUCAUUAUUGUGCAACAAAAUUUUUAAAUUAAAGCAUAAAAAACAUCGAUUCGCUUUGAUUAAACAAAAAAAAAAAAAAUCUUAAUCAGUUACCGACUAAAAACAUUUUUUAAAUUUUUAUUAAAUUCGACUCGAUUUAUUUCAAAGAAAAAAAUAAAAUAAAUAAACAUAUAAAAACAAAGUUAAAAUAAAUAAAAAAAAAAUAAUUAUUACAAAUGAUAAUAAUUCAAAUCAAAUAAUUAAUUUUCAAUGUUCUAUGUUCUUUCAGACUAAUCUUCAAUACACAAUAUAAUAAAGAAACUGUU